UGAGAGGGGAAGAGAAGAAGACUGUUUUCAAGUGCUGAAAUCUUACAAGAAAGAAAGAUUUCAAGUCGUGGGUUGGGCGGGAGAGGGAGGGAGGGAGGAAAAAAAUCUCAUGAAGGAGGCUGAUGGAGGCUGUUUGAUAAUAAGUGAGAGGAGAAAAGUUUUUGCGGAGAAUGCGGAGAGGAAGCAAAUGCAGGAAAGCAGCUGAGGAGCAUGUAGGAAUUCCUGACUGAAGUCAUGGGUUCGGAGGCAAUGGAGGAUUGUGUCCAGGGGGCGCUCUCAUCGCUUUACCCUCCUUUUGAGAGCACAGCACCUCCCCUCCUCUCCCAGGUCUUUUCAGUCCUGGAGUCGACCUAUCAGCACGACAGCCUUCGGUACCUCCUGGACUACUUUGUUCCUGCCAAGCACCUCCUGCAUAAACUCCAGCAGCACGCCUGUUCUCAGUACCUGGGCUGCUUGUUCCUUCACUCCGGCUGGCCUCUGUGUCUCGGCGAGAAAGUGGUUGUACAGCUCUCCACCCUGGACUGGAGGCUCCUGCGCAGUAAUGACUUCUAUCUGCAGGUGGUGCCCUUCUCUACGCGCUGCCCUCGACUGGCCCUAAAAUGUCUGGCCCCUGGGGGUCGAACCGUUCAGGAAAUUUUGGUACCCGAGUCACAGCACCCCCUUGUGUUCACCACUGAGUGGCUGCACAGCGUCAACAAAGAACGGGGACACAAGAGAGAAGUUGGAGGAGGACUUGACACCUGCCUGGUCAGUACAUGUGAUGGUGUAGUUCGGCUACCCUGGAAGGAGGUCGUCUAUCCAAAAUUCAUCCACGACCCCUCUGAGGAGCUGGGUUUGAUGUCUAGCCACGAGGGCCCCAUAUCCAGCCGCCUGCCCAGUGAGGGGGGUAGCAGCCUUGGGGGCUGGGGUGGCUCAUCCUCUGGAGAACUGGACUCUUGGUCCUGGGAUGAAGAUGAAGAUGAUGGUUUACCACAAGAUAACUUGGAUUCUGCGCCUGCGCUUCCUCGCCGAAGACGCAGCGAAGAUGGGCUUGGGCGGACAGCAAGGCACCCUCAGGUGGACGGGGACUAUGUAGAGCUGUUGGAGCCCAGAGUGGGUCCUGAUGGAGGGGUUGACACCCGGCAGAGGUACCUGGAAAUGCAUGGGAUUUGUAAGACCAAGACUUUGCCUCUAUGCAGGAGAGGAAAAGCCAUCAAACUGCGGAAGGGAAAAGCUUGGGGUUAUGGGAGACUGGAAGGGUCAGGAAGCUUUCGAGCUGUAGUUGGUGCCAAAAGAGAUGUAGUAACCCCAAAAGAUGACAUUUUGCCACUUCAACCUCCACGAGGAAUCACUAAACCUGGCAGAGGUAGACGGUCUUGCUCCUCUUCUCUCCACGACUCCGAUGACGGAGAUAAAACAAGCAGAGACUGUGAGGGCCCGGAAAGCCAACGGCUUUAUUUUGAUGGCAUUUUCAAAGAGAGGAAGCCUGGGGUGGGCAAGGAGAGAGACAGCAACGGGCUCACACAGCCAUGCAGAGACGACCACAGAGGCUCUGAGAGUGGCGACAGUUUGGUCACAAAUGAAAUCCAUGACUUGACAAACCACAAAGUUGGACAUGUUAUUGAGGGCCACUCAGAUCACGGCUCUCAUUCAGAUUCUGUUUUCGAGGAUACAGAUAAACCACUGAGUGGUGACAGUGAUGCCACCACGCCAACAUCAGACGCACCAGAGAGAUCAUUCACUGGAGUUUUAGAAAGUGGAGAGAUGACCAGCGGUGGAUCUAAAAUGAAAAGUUUGUCUAACCCACUGGUGACAGAAAUAAGGGAUGAAGGAAAGACGGGGGACAGAGUGUGUCCCAGGGGAAAGGAAGUUAAAACCGCAGGAUUCAGGGCGCCAAGGAGGAAAAGGAAGGGAAAGGGGGCCAAAGGGAGGGCUAGGUCUGGAGGUCGUGCACACCAGAAGGGAUCAAAACAGCAGGCUAAAGCUUCUCAACCUGGUCCCAUCACCUGCUCUGCUUUGACAAAGCUGCCAAACACAGAGGACAACCAGUCAGAGCAAAAAGGACAGGCAGAUGAACCUGAUGGAGCGCCACCUUCAACCAGUGAGGGGACAGAGGACAAGAGGAAAAACAGCGCAGUAGAGACAGAAGCAAAAUCUUUGAAUGUCUGCAAUGGCCAAUCAGGGACAUCCUUACUGAACCACUCUAACGAGGAGGCAGCGUCAGAAGAGACGUGUCCUGACCAACUAAAUGGUGCUGAAUCCAAAGAGCCUCCCCUCCUGAGGGAACUGGAUGCCGAGCUUCUCCAGUCAGGGAAGCUAAAGCUGACAGGUACAGUGGACAGGCUGGGACGUGCUCUCAUCGUCAUAGAUACAGAUGCACCAGAGGAAGGUGUCCGUGAGGAGGAGAUGGCCCGGGUCCUGGCCUGCUACCACAGAAUCACUCGGCCUGCAGCCAGAGAAAAGGGUCUCACGGUGCUAAUGGACAGCAGACGCUCUCCACCCUCCACCCUCUGCUUCUCGGCUCUUAAAUCGUUCCAGGCGUUGGUUCCUGGCGGUCUCGGAUCUGUUCUGGUUUUGGUGGAGGAGCAGCAGGAGUCCCCUUCUCAUAAUCUGGAGGGAGCAGAGAUCCACAUGGUGAGAGGAACUGGGGUCCUUCAGCAAUACGUAGACAAGCAGCAGCUGCCCAAAGAGACGGAUGGAGACUUCAACCACUGUCACCCAGACUGGCUGGUCUUCAGACUAAGCCUUGAAAGUCUAACAGAGCGCUGUGAGAGCGCCCUCUCACUCCUAGGAGACGCACUGCAGUCUAUGGACGCCGAGCCAAUGCCAGACAACAUCGAGGCUGUUCCUCUGAGCAUCGACAAACACAGACAGCUCAUGGUGAGCGUCCUGGCCGACCAGCGGAUUACCGAACUGCAGCAAAGAGGCGGGGCUUGGCUCGCAGGACUGACCAAUAGUGCCUCUGGCCUGGCACAGAAGUCACCAGACUGCAGGGCUGCUCUCGCUGUGACCUCGAAACUUUAUGACAGCGUGGACGACGCCCUCCAUCGGCUCGUCCGAGUGUCCAACCAAAGAGGACGCGACCUGGAAGCUCUGGGACGACUGGCGAGGCUGGUGGACAAACUGGAAAAGUGUGAUAAAGAGAUUGAGCAAGUCCAGUCACAGCUGGAAGACUACAAGGACCCUCCUCUGUCCCUCAGCAGACUCUCGCUCAAACAGCAGAAAUUCAAAACUUUCAGAGAAACAGCGAAUGAGCUGCACAGCGAGACUCUGUCAGUGCUCAGUGACUUGGAGGGCUGGUGCGAGUUGGACUGGGCUGGCCUGAGCGAUGUCCAAAUCCGACUUCCUCCAGUCAGGGAGAAGCUGAGAGACAUGUCCCACUGUCUGUCUGACUGCUGGACCACCCUGGAUAACACGCAGAGGCUGCUGUCCACACUGACCGAGGCCACCCAGUGGUGCGAUGCAGUCUCCUCCACCUCCUCCUCCUCUCCUCCUUCUUCCACCUGCCCUCUUGCUUCCUUGCCCCCGAUCCCUCCAUCCCGUUUCCAGGACGCUCGUUCCUUAGCCAUAGAACUUGGUGGUGGGGCUCUGCUGGAUCUCUGGACCCAGACGGUAGAGCGCUACCAGCGCACCGUGGCGCAGGUUAAACCCCGAUUCCUCCAGUCUGACAGGGCCCAGCAUCAGGGUCAGGGGAAGCCAAAGAUGCCCUCCGCCAGCAGCCUGUGGGACCUGAUGGGCCCUGAGGGAGAAGGCGACUGGGGACUGGGAGCUGGAGGAGGUGAGGGCGGGUUGCAGUCUUGGGGAUCUCUGGCUUCGCUGUUCAGACCGCAGACCUGCUCCACGCUAAAGAUAGGAGAGGAGAAAGCGAAUAAGAAAGAAGGAGCAGCGGGAGGAGGAGGAGGAGGAGGAGGAGGUGGCGGAGCUGGAGGAGGGAAGUUCCUGCAGAACCUUCUGAAUCCUGCAAAAAAGAGUCCCACGGACAACCCACUCCCUCCCAAGCCUCCCAGGAAACGCCACCCGAGCUUUGACCUCCAGGCACUUCUGGCUCCCCGCAGAGGCACGACCACUCCCAAACCUGCUGAAUCCCCGGUGGGCGGGCCGAGCCGUAACUCCCCCAUGUCCUGGCUGGGGAGGCGAGCGUUAGCUGACCCAGUUAUUACUACUAGCAUGGCUGCAGCCGUUCCUGGAUGGGGCAGUGGAGGAGGAGGCGGAGGAGGAGGAGGGGGAGGAGGAGGAGGAGUGUUAAUUCGAGGGGUGGAGGUCAGCAGCAAGGAGGUGGUGGACCACACGGGGUCACCACGGCAGCAUGUGCUGCUAGGGAGGACGGAGAGGGAGACGGGGGCAGACAGAGCCGGUUCUACUGCACAGAGUAAGCUGUACCUGCUCUGGUGUAGGAUGCUGAGUUCUGAGAGGCAGUACGUGGCUGUCCUGAAGGGGGUAGAGGAGACAUACUUCCCCUUGCUGGAGCUCUCAGACACUCCGGCCUCCAUCAGGGGGAAGGCGGACACCCUCUUCCCCAACUGGGCCAGCCUUAGCACCUUUCACUCGCAGGACCUACUCCCCGCCAUGGAGGGCGCUCUUGUGCAGAGCUUGUUGCAACAGGACUGCUUUAGCAAAUAUCGGGAGCAGUUCCUGCAGUAUUCACACUACAUCAGGACUAAACCAGAACUGGACUCUCCACUGGUCACACAGGCUGCUGAUUUCUUUAAGUCCAGACUCCCCCCAGCCUCCCCGCUCUCCCCCCUGUCCUUCCCUCACUGCCUCCAGGCUCCCACUCAGAGACUGGAGCAGUACUGCGAGGCCCUGGAAGAGCUGGGAGGGAUAAACCCCGCCUCUGACUCCGCCCUCUCCAUCCUGAGACACGCCCAGCGGCACGGCGAGGACCUCAGGGCCAGUGACCUCAUCGCCGGAUGUCCGAUUCCCGUGGCAGAGCGCGGCGAGCUGGUGCGGCAGGGCGAGCUGAUGGUGUGUGGGGGAGCUCGGAGGAAGCGGGCCGGCGUGAGGAACGUUUUCCUCUACCAGCACGUCGUCAUCUUCACCAAACAGAAGAGCCCCGGCCCGGGACGCACCGCCUACAGCUACAAACACAGCAUCAAAACGGGUGAGAUGGGUCUGACUCAGAGUGUGGGCGAGGAGGGAGUGAAGUUUGAGGUUUGGGUCCGACAGGCUGCUCGAACCAGAGACUGCAUCACGCUGCAGGCGAAGGACAGGGAAGAGAGAGUGGCCUGGACUCAUGACAUCGCACAUCUGCUGUGGACACACGCCAUCAACAACACAGAGUUGUGUCUGAAGGAGUCACUGUGCAUGGGAGUCUCCAGUAAGCUGCUGCUGGACGUGACGGGAACCCCAGGCUCAGAGCUGGACUCCAUCUACAGUCUUAAUGACCGAGUCCACAGUAGCUGCUCAGACUCCUCCUCUGUCGGCAGUCAGAAGGAGGGGGGAUCCCCGGCUUCAGGGAGGGACCCCAGGAGAAGCUCUGGAUCAACAAGUUACUCACAGAGUCAGUCUCCCUCCACAGCUGUGUGACUGUCAUCUCAAUAAGAAAACUGGACUUCACUGAAGAUUUAAACAUCUCUACUCUACACCUCUGGGCAGCUGGACUUUAAGGAGCAAGAGGACAAAAGGAGACCCCCAGACUCUGUUUGAACUUCUCCCACAUGCCCCACCCCCCACCACGCACACACCCACCCCUUGCCCCAUUCACCUCCUUAAAACAAACGAAAUGCCAGCAGAUUAGGCGGAGCUGUGCUGCACUGCUUUCCCCUGUUUUAUACCUCCCAGCUCUGAUACGAGCCCCCGGAGAAAAAGCUGCCUCCAAAAAGGAUCAAAACUGCCCAGUUCAAACCAUGACAAGCACCAGCAGGGCUCUCUGCACUCCGCCAUUUUGGAUCUGCCAGUCUCAGUUGCUGGCAGAGUCAUUGACACCAAAGGCACUUCAGCCACACAGAGCAGCCAUUGUCUGCCCCGCGACUCCCCACUAGGCCAAACCACUUGGUCUGAACCACUGACUGCCCGGCUGGCCGACUGUACGCAUCACAUGCUCCAGCAUUUGAUAAUAAACAGGAAGUGAUAUACAGGCCGUAAAUCCACCGUAGGAUUGCAGAUUUGGAAUGUAUUAUGUACUUUGCCAUUUUCAUAACGCUGAAUGGAGUACUGUAGCCCCCCCCCUCCUUCUGCCUGUGUAAAAAUGAGUAGCGCAGGCUAGGUGCGAUUGCAUCUAUGUAAAUUAGUCACACACAAACACACACACACACACACAGUGUCCCUCAACACAUGCAGUCAUUCCUAUUGUUAUAAGACAGAGGAGCACUAUUCACAUGCUCACACACACUCACUGAGGCCAUUUUAGAGCCUGGUACAGUGGCUGAAUCCAUAUUAGGCAAGCUUACAUCUGGACACAUGGAGUACAUGUUGGCUUCAUGAUGAACGGGAAGGUCUUAUAUCCCACUGCUAUACGUUCUGUUACUGUGUUUAAGCUAAUGAUGUUGUAUUAACAGUGGCAAGGAUUGAAGGGUGAAAUGGUAUUUAGUCUUCUUUAAAGUAUAACUUAUGUCAACAACAUGAGCUUCUUGUUGCCUUAAAAUGUUCGACAGUGUACUGAUAAGUAGUGAUAAUGAAUUUAAUACUAUACUUUUAAAUGUAAGAUGCCAUAUUCUGUAUGCCAAAGGUAUAAAUGGGUGUCUGUGCAAUGUUAAUUUUUCGUACAAAAAGCUAUUUGUUACAUUUAGUCUGAGCUCUCCUCGAAUGGACUGUUUUCUUCAGAGGACGGAGAAAGACGGAUCUGCUCAUGUGCUAUAUUAGGGUUUUACUGGUUCCUGCUUGAGACCAGAUGUACUUCUGUUCAUUCUUAUGAAGAGUUAAUAUUUGACUAAGAGGUUCUUACUCAAAGGUUUCCAGAUCACAAAUUGAAGAAGUCUUAGCGAUAUCACCAAAACCUAUUGCUUAAAAUGUUUGAGAUGCUGCAGUUGCGAUGUUUUAAAUUACAACGCAAAACUAUUAGCUUUUUUUGAAUAAUUUGCCUCGUUAGAAGACAAUCACAUCACGAAUUCCUUCCGUCAGCCAGCAAGCUUAGCUUAGCAUGAAGAAUGGAAACAGAAGCAAACCGCUUAAAGAUGGCAGAAACCACGCUCCAUACAAAAGCCAAAUAUUAAAAUCGACAACUUGUAGUUGAAUGGCCAUUAGGUGCCAGGCUAUUUCCUGGUUGGGCUGAGUAACUUCCUGGAGUAGCUUCACAUUGAAAAUAGAUGUGAAAGUGGUCUGAUCUCUUCUAACUCCUGGCAAGCAAUGCAAGCAAACAAACAUAUGUUGAACUUUUCCUUUAAGCUUUCAUAUCUCAUAAUUAAUCAACCGUGCUAUGAAAGUUACUUCCACUUCCACAGGACAGCAGCUUAACCUCUGCUAGACUUCAGACCAGUGGGCCCAAGGAAAUUACAUUAGUGAUGAAUCUGAACAAAAUGAUCCUCAACAUAACUGGAACUCGUCAUUUUAUGUCAUGAUGAAGCCAGAAAGAAAAUAAAACAUGUACGUUUCACACGCUGACGUAGUUCAUAUUGUAUAACAGCAAGCAAACAGUCAGUAAAGCCAAUCAUGAUCCGCUCACCGAUUUGAUUGGCUCACACGUGUCUCACUAUCAGACAAUAUCACGCGUAAAGGUACAAAAUGAAACCGUCGGGGUGGCGAAAGCCAGCAGCGGCGGCAGGUUGAGCUCGUGUCUGCAGACAGUCAGCGGCCGUCCGUCGCUGUUAUCAGAUUUAACACGUUUCAUAUCUGCAUUCAAAUUCAAAGAUUGCAAAUGGCUAUUGAGCCGUUUCUGAAUCAAUAUGUAAUUUGUUGGCUCGGAGAAGCCUUCGUACACUUCAUAGCCCUCAGCUGUUUGGUACAUUGCGUUAUAUUGGAAGCAAUGUAAUGAACACCAUCUUUCAUUCUUGCUGCAGUAUAGAUUGUCACACGCAGUAUUCCUCACUUUUCUAUGCCGUGGCAAGGCAGUAUUAAUGUGUAGAAACUUUUCUCUCGCUCUGUCGCAACGACACACUCUGCCUGAUGUUUACAUUUUCUGGAAAGAAUGUGGAAUGUUUGAAACGCAUGUUAUGCUUACUUGAUAAUUGUACUUUGACUGUUUGGUUUUUUUUUUUCCCCGUGUUGAAUAAAAACUGGAUGCAAGUUCCAAACCUC